AUGUUUCCCCUCCAAGACAACUGGCCAGAACCGUCCCAAGCAGACUUCGCCAUAACCGACGCCGGGCCAGCCAGCAUCCUGUUGCACGAAAUGAUCAGCUCAAAGACUACCGGGGGUCGCGAGAUCGACCGGCUCGACCAGCCCCCCGCACGCCAGAAGCCGAUGCAGGUCCUCUGCCUGGGCCUUUCCCGCACCGGCACCACCUGCAGCGAAAAAUCAGCAAUGGUGCACGCGCUGGAAAGACUUGGCUACCGCAGCUACCAUUUCAACGAGACGGUCGAAAUGCAGAGAAAAGGCAAGAUGCACCUUCUCUGCUGGCGUGAGGCGCUCGAAGCCAAGCUCUACGGCCGUGGCGCAGCAUUCGGCUUGGCCGAGCUUGAGAAGCUUUUGCACGAGUACACGGCUGUGACGGAUGCCCCGUGCGCCAACUUCGUCGACGAGCUCAUCGCGGCGUAUCCCGACGCCAAGGUCGUCCUGACCACCAGGGACGACGAGCCGUGGCUGCGGUCCAUGGAAGCCUCCUACUACGACAUCCUAGGCGUUUCAGCAUGGCCGUUCGUGCGCUGGCUGGACCCUCCGGGACUGGGGGCCCUCUACGACGUCCUCCGCCUAAUUCUGGUCGACUGGACGGGCGGGCCCUGGCGCGACCGCGCGGCCCUCCGCGACGGCGCUCGCCGCCACAACGAGCACAUUCGCGCCCUGGUGCCGAAAGAGCGGCUGCUCGAAUUCCGCGUGCAGCAGGGCUGGGAGCCGCUCUGCAAGUUCCUUGGCAAGGACGUGCCCGACGAGCCGUUCCCGCGCAAGAACGAGGGCAAGCAUACGCUGACGAAGCUGCGCGUCGGCAUGGCGCUUAAGACGUUGAAGGUGGUGGUGUUGGUGGCGGUUUCGCUGCUGCGCAUGGCUGCGCUGCCCGCCUUGUUGGUUGGUGCGACUGCUUUGUUCCUGAGCAGCAGGCGCUAG